UUAUUAUUCGUUCGUGUUUAUUGGCAAAUUAUGUUUGUUUAAUUGCUUUGGCGUAAAUCCUAUUCGUGAUUUAACUUUUAGAAAGCUCAAGAAAUGUGUACGAUGGCAUGUCUUAUAUAAUUCCGUUCUAAUUCCCGAAAAAUCGUUAAAUAUGGUCAAGUUAUACUGUAUUAGUGUUUUGUAUAAAGGACCUACGAGUGCAACAUGGUUAAAAUCAGCCUUUGACCUACAAAGUUUCAGUUUUUUUCAACGGGGAUCAGUGGAAGAAUUCAUGACUUUUUUUUGUAAAACAAUCGUCGAGAGAACAAUACCAGCGUCACGACAGUCCGUAAAGGAAGGAGAGUAUAUGUGUCACGUUUAUGUGAGAUCCGAUAAUUUAGCCGGCGUUGUUAUAUCAGAUCACGAGUACCCAACACGGGUCUCACACACUUUAAUUACAAAGAUUUUGGACGAAUUUAGCCAAAAAAUCCCGGCUUCAAGUUGGCCCAAUUUAACAGAACGCGAAGUGGCGUUUCCGCAACUCAACACUUACUUAUCCAAAUACCAAAAUCCGCGCGAAGCUGACGCUAUGACUAAAAUUCAAGAGGAUCUCGAUGAGACUAAAAUAAUUCUACAUCACGCAAUUGAAAGUGUGCUUCAACGCGGCGAAAAGCUGGACGAUUUGGUGUCAAAGUCGGAAGGUUUAAGUAUACAGUCAAAGGCGUUUUACAAAACGGCUCGCAAAACCAACAGCUGUUGCACGUUUAGUUAAAUCAUUCCUUAUUUACCCCAAUUAUUUAACAGCCUGGAAGUUUGGAUGUUCAUAUAUUAUUCCUACUAAUAACCGUUAAAUGUUGAAUGUAUAUUUACGACAAUAAAUGUAAUGACCGGA